UGUUGGGGUUUGAUAGCGAGGUUUUGGUUUUGUGGGGCUUGUGGUUAUAUAUCCGAAGGAAGGAGAAUAUCAGCUAUGGCUUCAAGGCUGGUUUUGGCUGUCACUUUUGUGCUUGAUCUGAUUGCUUUUGCUCUUGCUGUGGCUGCUGAGCAGAGGAGGUCUACUUUUAAGAUCCAGAAAGAUGGAAAUUCCAGCUACUGUGUGUAUGACUCCGACAUUGCCACUGGCUUAGGUGUUGGGGCAUUUCUGCUCCUGUUGACAAGUCAAGCUCUGUUAAUGAUUUUCAGUCGAUGCUUGUGCUGUGGGAAGGCUCUGAGACCAAGUGGUUCUAGGUCAUGGGCAAUUGUGCUAUUCAUUACCAGCUGGGUAUUUUUCUUUAUUGCUGAGGCGUGCUUACUUGCGGGUUCAGUGAGAAAUGCCUACCACACCAAGUACAGGACUAAGUUUGCUACUGAAAAGCUUUCAUGUGAGACACUGAGGAAGGGGAUCUUCGGGGCUGGCGCUGCCUUUGUGCUCUUCACAGGCAUAGUCUCUGAGUUUUACUAUGCUAGUUACUCCAAGGCUAAUGAUGCAGAGGCUCACUACGCCAGAGACACCGGAGUUAGGAUGCAGCACCUUUGAAUCAAAUAUUGCAGUUGAUUGAGUAACAUGUUCUUCAUUCAUGAUCUACUGAUUUAGGCAACAGGACAUAUGAUGAUGGUUUAAUGUGUGAUAUCAAGUUUAGUAGGAGAUUUUUACU